AGGUUUAGGAUUAUGCUCGACCCCAAACACAAGGUUAUCAAGCUAACAGUAGCCAGGGAAUGUAUCAAGGAAAUUCAUGUCCCCAUGAGGUCAGCAAGAAUUUCAGGGGUUACCACGGUGGAAAAAAGGACCAAGGACUGCAAGCCCUAAUGAACCAAAAAGACAAUAAAGGAUUAGGGUACACUGGUAUUCCCCCGUUGACGGACACAAUCAACAUGAUAUCAGGUAGGAUGCAUGUAAAAGGCCAAAGUGCCAGAGGUCACAAGGCCUAUGCUCGCCAAGUAAUGGCAUUGAACGAGAAUAGGCCUUUGAAGCAACCCGUUGAAGAAGCUGAAUGGGAAAAUGCACCCAUUACAUUCAGCUCGUCUAGCUACAAGUGACCAAAUGAGGAGGCAUACAUUAUUAUGCCACAUGCCAACCCAUUUGUAGUUGUUGUUUAUAUCGGCAACCAUACUAUAAACAAAGUCUUCAUUA